AUGGAUAAUGCUCUUGUUUGGAAUGCGAGGUCGAUUAACACACAAAAAGCUUUCAAUAGGUUGAUUAACCUACAUAGAAAGUACAACUUCUAUUUGAUAGGUUUGAUGGAACCUUGGCAAGAUAUCAAUAAGCUUGAGGAGUAUAGAAGGAAGUUGGGGAUUCAGUCUGCUUAUGCUAAUAUGAAUGGCAAAAUAUGGGCUUUUGUGGAUGAAGAUAUAGAUGUUGACAUUGUGAUGAACAUGGAACAACAAAUGACACUUAAGUUGUUUCACAGAAAUCUAAACAAGGAAUUAUAUGUGACAUUAGUCUAUGCUAAAUGUGAUGCCACAGAAAGAAUUGAACUGUGGAAUUCAAUGUAUCAUUUAGCCUCAGAUAUGAAAUCUCCUUGGCUUGUUGGAGGAGAUUUCAAUGUGAUUUUAUUAGAGGAGGAGAAAUAUAGAGGACUACAUGUUUAUCUAAGUGAAGUAGAGGACUUUUCUCAUUUUGUGGAUACAUGUGCAUUAUAUGACCUAGGUUUCAAGGGGAUUUUGUACACUUGGUGGAAUGGUAGAUCUGAUAUUGACUGCAUAUUUAAGAGGCUUGAUAGAUACUUUGCAAAUCAACAAUUCCUUGACCUGUUCCCAGCACUUGAAGUACAACACCUGAUCAAGUAUGGUUCUGACCAUGCUCCCCUCCUACUUUCCUGUAACAAUGAUACAGUACAUAUUAAGAAACCAUUCAAGUUUCUUAAUUUUUGGGCUAAGCAUGAAACCUUUCAAAAGAUGGUAAAGGAGAAUUGGGUGGCUGAAGACAUGGGAAAUCCAUUCAUUCUAUUUCACAACAAGUUGAAGAAAGUGAAGGCAACUUUGGCAGUGUGGAGUAAGGAGACAUUUGGAGACAUAUUUGAGCAAAUUGCAUCACUGGAGGAUGUCAUUAAAGUGCAUGAGGCGGAGUUUGAACUGAAUCCAACAGCACAAAAUAGAGCUAAAUUACACAAGGUUGAGGCUGAUCUUACAAGAUACUAUCAACUUGAGGAGGAAUUUUGGAGACAAAAGGCAGGAAUACAGUGGUUUAAAGAUGGAGAUAGAAAUUCAAAAUUCUUUCAUGCUCAUGUCAGAGGGAAAAGGAAAAUACUGCAGGUCAAUAUAAUACUGGAUGAUAAUGGUAAUUGGAUAGAGUCACAAGAAGGAAUGGAAAAGGAAGCAGUUGAUUUAUUUCAAGCACAGUUUACUGAACAAAGAAUUCCAACAAACUUUGACAUUAUACAGCAUGUUCCAAAGAUGAUCACUGAAAAGCAAAAUGAAAGGUUGUGGGCUGAACCUACAAUGGAGGAAGUCAAGGAAGCAAUAUUUGGAUUAAAUGGAGAUAGUGCCAGUAGUCCAGAUGGAUUCACUGGCCAUUUUUAUCAAGUUAGCUAG